AUGCAACCAGAAUACGUUAAGGAAAGACUUUCUGCGCUCGAUGAGAUUGAUUUAAAACUAUGUGGAAUGCUGCAAGAGGCCUCACAGGUAGUACAUGCGUUCAGUGAGGUGAAAAGUGGGAAUGAUUCUGCAAGACCACUAUUUACAAAACAUGUAGAGGGAUUUUAUACUGAUCUUGAAUCGGCAACAGUUAGAUUGAGAAAUGAGAUUAAAUUAUUAGAUGAUAAUAUUGGUACAAGAUUACUACCUAUAAACGUCAACAAGAAGGCAUUAGGCCAAGAUGAUGAAAAAUUACACGAACAAAUAUGCUUAUUGAAGGCUACAUUGUCAGGAGAUACGUAUACCAAAGAGGUGACACCAGGUCUCCCUGAAAGCUCAUCUGGAGUAGACAGAAAUAAUACAGCUAGCCAAAUCGAGUUAAAUAAUACUUCAGAAGUUUUAGAAGUCAAAACUGCCAAAACAGAUAUUCCAGAAACAGACGAUGCACAAAUGAAAGUUACGCACACAGAGGCUACGCACACAGAGGCUACGCACACAGAGGCUACGCACACAGAGGCUACGCACACAGAGGCUACGCACACAGAGGCUACGCACACAGAGGCUACACAUACAGAGGCUAGGCCAGAAACUACAACAAGUACGACUAUGGAUGCCAGUCAACCUAACUAUAUUCAAACCAAGGAAACUGAUGAAACUAAUAAAGAUAGCAAUAAUAAUAAUAAUGACGACGACGACGACGAUAUAGAAAUGGAAGAUGUAUGA